CUGAGAGGUUUAACACGUCUGCAGACGAUGAACACUCCUGCCUCCAUCUGAACGCUUAAAUCAACAGGAGAAAUCUGAGAAGUACAGAUCAGAGGUGUUACUGAGAGCUCCAGCCACCAUGAAAGUGGCAUCUUUUAACAUUCAGAAGUUUGGAAAAAACAAAGUGUCCGAUCCAGAUAUUCUCCAAAUCCUAACGAAGAUCGUGUCUCGAUAUGACAUCAUUCUGAUCCUGGAAGUGGUGGACAUCAGUGGAGAGUCUGUAAAAACCUUCCUGGAGGCACUCAACAAAAACAGCAGGAAGCAUCACUACACUCUGAAGAUCAGCAGUCGUCUGGGUCGAACACGCUACAAGGAGCAGUUCAUGUUCCUGUACAGGGAUGACAUGGUCGACUUGGUGGACUCCUAUCAGUUUGACGACCAGCUGACUGAGGGAGGAGACGUUUUCGCCAGAGAUCCAUACAUCCUGCGAUUCAGAUGCCUCAAUACAGUGCUGAAGGACCUGGUGAUGAUCCCAGUUCACACCAAACCACAGGACUCAGAGACGGAGCUGGACGAGCUGUACGACGUCUUCCUGAACGUCAAGAAGGAGUGGAGCACUGAUAACGUGAUGAUCCUGGGCGACUUCAACGCCGAUGGCUCGUACGUCUCCAAGAGCGCGAUGAAGGGCAUCCGCAUCCGCAACGACAAGAACUUCCACUGGCUGAUUGCAGAUGAUGUCGACACCACGGCCAGCACCGGAAACAACCACACAUACGACAGGAUCGUGGUCUACGGAGACGACAUGCUCCAGGCCAUCGUACCAAACUCUGCCAAACCCUUCAACUUCCAGACGGCUUAUGGACUCAGUGAGGAGCAGGCUCUGAAAGUCAGCGACCAUUACCCAGUGGAGGUGAAGCUGAAGUCUGUAAACCAGAUAGAUGAAGAGGAUGAUGUGAAACCACAGUGGCAGGUUGAGCCAGUACCUCUGGGCCUCGUGCCCAUGGACCAGGAUCUGCUGGAGCUGAAGAGAGGAAACCUGCUGCUGGAGAGGGAGAAGCUCCAGCUGGAGAUCCAGAUCCUCCAACAGAAGAUGGCCAAGAUGAACAGUGGAAAUUAUGUCUGAACUCAGGAAGGCAGAUCCGUCGACAACCGACCAAACAAUAAGCUUUUACUCACUUUACCACACAACCUACAGAACCGCUCAGUGUAUCACCUCAGACAACUGGGACAUUUUGCCACAACAGACAAAAAAUGGUCGCUGCUUCUGAUCUGGGUUCAUCUGACUGAGCCUGGGUCUCCAUCCUGAAACUACUGCCCAUAUCAGAUUUUCUGGAUGACUGCACUGUGAGAAACACUUUCCAGUUAGUGUUUCUACUAUUGACUGAAUCGAGAUAUCAGGUUUUGUCAAAUAAAUCAUGAUUACAGAUUCAUUUGUGGCAGAAAA